AUGGAUCACCUAGGUAUGGACCAUGGAGGCAUGGACCACGGAGACAUGGACCACGGCCACGGCGGCCACGGCGGCAUGGACGAAGACAUGUGCAACAUGAACGUGAGUCCACAACCUGCGGCACCCAUUCGGCCUCGAGACGGACCUUCAGCUGACCCUCCCCCCCCCCCCCCGCUUCCAUCAGUCCACGAUACCGGUGACGACGCUGUUACUGAAACGACACCUUUCGUCCGUCCAGGGCAGAACCAGGAAGACGCCUACAACAGAGCUCACAUCACCAAGGGAGUCUUGUAUGCUCUACAAAACUUUUACGGACUGAUGCUGAUGCUCGUCUUUAUGACGUACAAUGCUUGGAUCAUGAUUGCCGUCGCCAUCGGCGCUUUUGCGGGGUACGUCGUCUUUGGAAAGGGGUCGUCUGCUACCAAGGAUGAAGUGUGCCAUUAA